UAAAUCAAAGCAACAGAGGCUCCACCAUGUACAGUACCGUCUUACUACAUGUGAGACUUUAAGAAAUUGCAUUUCAGCACAUAGGGGGUGUUGCCACAAAGUAGCCAUAUUGAAUGAAUUGAGCCGGUCCACUGUCAACCGUAGCUGUCAACCCCACCAGGUCCCGAUGAAGACAGCUCCUCGUAAAUUCUACUCCCCACACGUCUCUUCUUCACGAUGGCCGCCACGGACAUAGACAUUUUCGCUAGAAAUGAAGAGGAGCGGAGCCUGGAGCUGGGCGGCCAUGUUGGGUUUGACAGUCUUCCAGACCAGUUGGUCAGUAAAUCGGUCACACAGGGAUUCUGCUUCAACAUCCUAUGUGUCGGUGAGACAGGGAUAGGUAAGUCGACGUUGAUGAACACGCUGUUCAACACACUGUUUGAGGCCGAGGAGGCCAGCCACUACCAGAACGGUGUGUACCUGCGGCCCAGGACCUAUGACCUGAAGGAGAGCAACGUUCAGCUCAAACUGACCGUAGUCGACACCGUGGGGUUCGGAGACCAGGUCAACAAGGAGGAGAGCUUCAAACCCAUAGUGGACUACAUCGACACCCAGUUUGAGACCUACCUGCAGGAGGAGAUGAAGAUCAAACGUUCCCUGUUCAACCACCACGACACCAGGAUCCAUAUCUGUCUCUACUUCAUCGCCCCCACCGGACACUCCCUGAAAUCACUGGAUCUGGUCACCAUGAAGAAACUGGACAGCAAGGUGAACAUCAUCCCCAUCAUUGCGAAGGCAGACACGAUAUCUAAGAGCGAGCUGCACAAGUUCAAGAUCAAGAUCAUGUCAGAGCUGGUGAGCAACGGUGUUCAGAUCCACCAGUUCCCUACCGAGGACGAGGCUGUCACAGAGAUCAACUCCUCUAUGAAUGCCCAUCUGCCCUUUGCUGUGGUGGGGAGUGUUGAGGAGGUUAAAGUGGGUAAUAAGAUGGUGAAAGCGAGACUGUACCCCUGGGGAACCGUACAGGUGGAGAACGAGAGCCACUGUGACUUUGUGAAGCUGAGAGAGAUGUUGCUGAGAGUGAACAUGGAAGACCUGAGGGAGCAGACUCACGCCAGACACUACGAGCUCUACAGACGCUGCAAACUGGAGGAGAUGGGCUUCACAGAUACAAACCCUGACAGCAAACCCUUUAGUCUGCAGGAGACGUAUGAGACCAAGAGGAAAGAGCUCCUGGGGGAUCUGCAGCAGAAUGAGGAGGAGAUGAGACAGAUGUUUGUCAACAAGGUGAAGGAGACCGAGGCAGAGCUGAAAGAAAAGGAGAGGGAGCUCCAUGAGAGGUUUGAGCAGCUGAAGAGGAUGCACCAGGAGGAGAAGAGGAAUCUGGAGGAGAAGAGGAGAGAUCUGGAGGAGGAGAUGAACACCUUCAACAGGAGGAAGGUGGCAGCUGAGACGCUGAUGGGUCAGUCUCUACAGGAAUCCUCACAACCAUUCAAAAAGGACAAGAAGAAUUGAUUCAUGGCACCACAGCAACACCCAAGCUUCUUUAGUCUUCCGUCUGCCUGCUCCCUAACAUCAGGAAGGAAUUUAAAUUAGAAGACUGAAUUUCUACCACGCCAAAAGGAGGGCUGUUCUAUUCUUCCCCUAUUGACAAUUAACAGUCUAUUGAGCUUACUAUUUUUUACAGUGUGAUUCAAAGCUACAUUUUUGUAAAAUGUGUGCCCUAAAUGGCACCCUAUUCCCUAUACUGUGCACAACUUUUGACCUAAGAAUCUGGUCAAAAGUAGUGCACUACAUAGGGAAUAGAAUGCCAUUUGGGAUGGACCCCUUGCUGUGAUGUGCUCUCCUUCCUGAACUCUUCAAGUUAUGUUCCUACCUAUACCUGGUCCCUGGAGUCUUCCAUACAGUGCAGUCCAAGCUCAGCAUAUUAUUACACACUUUCUCUAAUACUUAGAAAGUGUAUAGGCUAUCUAUAGGGCUAUAAAGUAGUGCACUAUAUAGGGAAUAGGGUACCAUUUGGCAUGCAACCUUAGUUCAAUAAAAGCCGAUGCUCUAUAGCUCUAAAGCCCUCAAACUCAACUCUGGACCUCAAAGCCAGUUCCACAGCAUUUUUUCAUUGACCACGUUUACAUUAGCACAGUAUUAUGGAUAAUAUAGCUCAUAUCCUGCUUAAGGUCUUAUUCAGGAUAAGCUGUUUACAUGCACCCUGGACUCAUGACUAUCAUUGUGUCCAUUAAUAAACAGAAUAUUCCUCAUUUAAGUAUAUGGGUUAAAUGGAAUAGUAACUGAAAUAUGGACACUGAGUGUAGGCCUAUAACCUCAUGAAGUGUAAUAUAAUAUUAACUCUUGCAGAAUUAUGCAUGUCUUGCAGUGAAAUUAUACAACAAAUGUUAAUUUUGUCUUGGGAACAGGAGUGGAGAAAUAUGAUUUCUUUCUUUCAGCAUCUCUUGAGAAAAUGCAAAUGAGCCGUGUGAUGCGUUAUCUUUGACACUGUUAUGCAAGCAGACAGUAUUUCAACCACAACAAAUAUGCACCAAGUCGAACUGAAGUUUUAUCAGAAACUUGUUUCAUCGUUUUCUCAGGUUUUCAUUUCCUUAAAACACUUCAAACUGAUGACAUGUUUUGGACAUUUUACACAAGACCAAGCUUUCCACCAUUUUGGAGUUAUUGCGUUAUUGCAUGUCCCCCACCCACAUUCUGGAAUUACAUUUUUGGCCCCCCCAGUUUUAUAAUUGGAAUGUGAUACAAAACAAUGCAACGGUGUGCUUUAGGACCAUGCGGACGCCUCCGAG